AUGGCUGCCACACGUAGGAUCAAGGAGUUUGGUCUAACUGAAGUCUACAGCUCCCCAGAGAAGCCUGCCCAGGUCGACGUGGUCCUCGUUCACGGUCUCAACGGCCAUCCAAAGCAGACAUGGACUAGCAAAAGCGGGGAUGCCUUUUGGCCUGCCGACAUCUUGCCGGAGUUCCUGACUGACCUGCGUGUGCGAAUUUUGACCUAUGGUUACAACGCCAAUGUCACCUCCUUCACAGAUGGCACGUCUAGAGAUCGGAUUCAUCAUCAUGCCGAGACCCUGGCCAGUGAGCUACAUGCAAACCGAAGCUUGAGAAACUGCCUGCAACGGCCGAUCAUUUUCGUCUGCCAUUCACUUGGAGGUCUUGUUGUGAAACGGUGUGUCAUCAUGUGUCGAAGUGCCGAGAACGAUAGAAUCAGGCAUCUCCGCUCUAUCUAUGUAUCCACGUUCGGAAUUUUGUUCUUGGGCACUCCUCACACCGGUUCCGAUGUGGCCAAAUGGGGCUUGCUGCUGCAGAAGAUCUGUAGUGCCGUCUUUCCCAAGCGCUUCCUAGACACCUCACCACAGCUUGUAGAGGCUUUGAAGUCAAAUAACGAAACCCUUCAGAACAUCAACAGAUUGUUCAACGACGCCUUCAGCCGCUUCCACAUCUACUUCUUUCAUGAGACCAAGCCGCUUGAUAUGAAGGGUACUCGCGAGUUUAUCGUCGAUGAAGCUUCUGCAGCACCUGAUAUUGAAGGCGCUGAACGAAUGGGCAUUGAAGCUGAUCAUAGCAGUAUGGUCAAAUUCGAAGAUGACUCCUCGCCAGGGUUUGAAGCUGUUGCUGAAGCUAUUGUUCGCUACUCUCGUGAAGCCCCGGAGGUAAUCGCCAACCGAUGGGAUGAAGAGAAAGCGCUUAUCCAACUACAAAAUCGAUCAAAGGCAAAAGAAAUAAUUGGCUCCUCCCUUGAUAUACCUAGGGAGACUUCCAGAUCCAGAGCAGAAGAAGAGAGCAGAAUGGGUAGGAAACCACAGCAUCUCCUUACAAAUUCUGAUAACACCCCAACACUAAGCGCUUAUGAAAUUGACGAAGCAGAACCUGAGGAGCAAUUUGAAACUGUAUAUUCUACGCCAUGUCUUUCCCCGCCUAAAGAAGCUGAGAACAAUCCUCGGAUGUCACAUAGCGUAGAAAAUCUACGUUCGCAACGCAGCAAUUUGUUUGUUGUUCCACCGGGAUUUCAUCCGAACGCCACGUUUAUUGGGAUGGAAAAGGAGCUAAACGAACUUCAUAUCCGUCUUUACCGAGCCAAAAAGAGGGCAGAGAGUAUCGCGGCUGUGCUUAUUUGCGGAGUCACCGGAUCAGGCAAAACACAUCUUGCUCGAGAAUAUGUUCACCGCCAUCGGAGAGACUACCCUGGGGGCAUAUUUUGGAUCGAUGCAAAAUCGUUUUUGUCGAUUUCAACUUGCUAUUGGGAUAUCGCUAGAGCAGCGGCACUUACCAAUGAUAGAGACGCAAAACAACAAGCUUCAACCGACUCUAGUGUCUUUGUGAACGAAGUCUGUCGUUGGCUCGGAGCUAAAGAGGAAUGGUUACUCGUGUUCGAUGGGUUGAGCUUUGACGAAGACAAUCAAAUCAAUACUUUCAAAACAUACCUACCACCGAAUACAAAGAACAGCAGCAUUAUCUAUACUUCAGUUGAUCGAACCUUGGCUAAAAAGACCCGACUUCUCGAACCAUAUUGUCUAAAUGUGCGGCCGCUCAAACCCGAGGAAGCUCGUCGUCUGCUGUUCAAAGACUUGGACAUUAAAAAGCCAACACCAGAACAAUCGAAGAAAGCGACGGAUAUCGUUGAAUAUUACCAGUGUUUACCACUAGCCAUCCAUGCUAUCAGCCACCGUUUGACAGCCACACGCAAGCCUUUGGAGAGAUAUCACAUCGACUCUCAUCUCACAGACCAGAAGCUUGCGGAACCUUUCAUCGGAAUCAUGGAAGAUCUCUCUGAGCACAGUCACUUCGAGGCUCUAAGUUUGAUUAACCUGCUGUCAUUCUUUGGACAUCAUGUUCCUGUUGGACUGAUCACGUGGGGGAAGAGCGCUUUGGACUCUUUAAACAUACAAAUCUUCACAAGCAGUAGAUCGGGUGAAACCGGCGAUAUAGACACCACCCUAGGUGUUCUCAUUCAAUAUGGGCUUAUUGAAAGAGUCUCCGACCCCUACCCAGGAAGAUCACUUAUUUCAGAGAGCUCCACGAAGCACAGUGACAGCCCUGAAAACGAAACCGUUGGAUGGUCGUCGGAGUCAUUCACUGAUAGCCAGGAAACAACAGGCAUAUAUCAGAGCACGGUUGACGUGAUCAAGAUCCAUAGUGUAGUCCAAGGUUUCUGUCGCGAUGAGCUCCAUAGCCAAGACCAGGAAAUGCAAAAAGUCAAAGGUAUCAGCGACCCUAAACAAAAGACAAACGGUACACAGGGAGACCCCAGUUAUUACCUCUUAUGGCUGCUAGCCGCCACCAAACUCUUCUACAAAUCUUACGAGAAUGCCCGGUAUAAAAUGACGAAGGACAACACUGGCUCUAUCUUCAUCAAAGACCUGCGUGAGUACGAAACUCAUGCUGAACGAAUCAUGAGUCAUUACAAAAGAGCCAAUGCACGAUCACACAUUACCGAGACCAAAGCAGCAAAACAGUCCCUCAGGGAUGUGGUGAAAGACAUUAAGAAGGAACUCGCCAGAAUCUCGCCCAACGCGUCUGAAGAAUCUCUGCGGCAUGAAAAAUCUAUAUUUGACCGUUCCAGCAGCUCAUCAUCAGCACCUUCAUCUUCUAUGGAAGAUAGUGGUGUGUCUCGUCGCUCUACCUGGAAUGCAGAUGGGGAGGAAUCUAUCAAGGUUGAAUCCCCGUUAGAUAUGGCUCAUCCAGAGCAACCAGACCGGGUGCGACUUGAGCUGUUCCCUCCUCAUAUCUAUCGCGAAACUACGGAGGAGAAAGACGAUGGCUAUCUUACCGAUGGAGAAGGAAAAACAAUCUCAAGUCGUCGACCGUCCGUAACCCCGUCCCAGCUUAGCCAAAUCACAGAGAAGCCUGCUGCACUCGAUGGAACGAUGUCGGAUGAGUCUAAUUGGAAAUUAGUGACAAACAGAAAGGAAACAAAGGCGAAAGAACCUACCCCAAAGAUAUCGAGGUUUCGCGGAAGGCCCAAACGGGCCUUUCGAACAAUAGGAUCAUCAUAUCGACCUUCGCCUGCACUCACUAAAGUAUCAUCGGCUCAGGGGGAGGGCUCAAUGAGCCUUCCAUCCACCUCCUUUGGAUGGAUUUCGAGACGAACAAAUGCGCAGAGUAUUUUAGCACCUUAUCAUAAACGACAACCGCAAGGGCAUGAAAAUACGAAAAGCUCCCCCCUUGCACCAGCUCCACAAAGCGAGAAUGAACGCACAUGGGCGACAGUGGCCGCACCCCCUCAAGGACCCGUACCUUCCAUGUUCCAUAUACAGUCUUUUUCCUCUUCAGAAAGUGCUCAUAGCGCUUUAAAUCCUAAUAGAGAAUCUCCUUUGAUCGGAAAACGUCCUACGAGACGCAGGUUGGGCCUUCAAACUGAGUUGUCGAUAGAAUCACCAAGCAGCGGACAAAGCAGCUCCAUUCCAUCACCGGUGUCAACUGACUUCAAGCAAAAACAUCUGAAUGCUCUAAGUCAAAGCGACCCUGCUCUUGUCCCGGGAAGAACUUCAAGGGAUGCCAGAUCCGACCCUGGUUCUCGAUACCACUCAAGACAUGCCUCUGCAGUGCCCGAUACUGGCCGAGAUUUGUCAACAAGUCCGCCGUAUCGACUACGAGAUUUAAGUAUGGAGGGCCUGAAUUACAACCAAAAAAUUGCAAUGACAUCUGAACGACGCUUUCUGUCACCCCAACGCCCACUGUUCCACCCGCCACCACUUUCAGACGCUAUCCACGAGAUACCAUCACCAGUUAGGAGCAAAAGUCCAAAUACGCACCCGUCUGCUAUUAUGCCAGGAUCAUCUCCUCCUUUUGCUCCGGACGGUUACACAUCCGAGCCACUUUCAGCACCGAUGUCGCGCGAUCCAUCCAGCCAAUCUCACGACUCUUGGCAAACUGAGCCAACCCCAUUCUCGCGUAGCAUUUCCCAGGCUCCAACGAUUGGUUAUGGAUAUAAUGGAUAUAAUGGAUAUAAAUUUCCUGUGAUGGACAGUAAUGGAUCUGUCAUGAUGACUCAAGCUCCUUCAUAUACUGUUUCAACCGGCCCUUCCGUGUUUAGCCCAACACCGCAGAGGUCACGAUUUGAAUAUGGCGGCGAGCCGAUUGAGUCAGAUUCAAACCGAAGAAUUCAUUUCGGAGAGCAUGAAGUCAAUGUGAACCAGGCCCGUCAGAGGGUCAUGGCUUGGAAUGAGCGCCAAACAAGCGGGUUUAAUACCUUGCCGACACAGCAGGUCAUGGCGCCUCAACUCACCGAGAACAGGCCCAUCCUAGUGGAAGCACCAGCUAUUCCCUCUAUGCAGUCCAGCAGCCGCUUAAGAGCUGGAAGCUGCCCCCCGGAGCCAGAUUACCCUGGGUUGGGUCUUCGAUUUGCUCCGGGUUACCCUCCAAAUAUGUGA